GACUUACGAAAAACUAUAAAGAAAUAUUGACUUUUGUAAUUUUUUUUCAAUAUAUACACAGCAGAUAUAUCUAUCUGUUGAAGAAAAAAAAACUGAUUUCAAAUAAUAUAUUCGGCGUAAUGUCCAAGGUGAAUGUGUUAUUGAUUGUGUUCGUAUUAUUGCAAUUAACACAACUAUCUAGUGCCUCGGCUAAAAAUUUAACAGCACAGAAGGGAGAUUAUAGAUUUCUCGUAGCCGGUGGUCUCCGCGUACCGGAAUUGCUGAACUAUACUCGUUUCAUGGUCUCACUACGGCUACGCACCGCCACCAAAUAUUUCGGUGAUAAUCAUUAUUGCGCCGGCGUCAUUAUUAGUUACCGUUGGAUAGUCUCAUCGGCGCAGUGUUUGGUCUAUAUUACGAAACUUCCGCGACGUCCACGCACAAUAAUUGCUGUAAUUGGCACCAUGAAUCGCAUAAGACGUAGUCCAACUACGCGACUAAUGGCCGUUGAUAGAGUUGUUGUAAAUCUGAAUUUUACGCUGUACGGCACAAAUGAUAUAGGACUGAUUCGGUUGAUGUCACCUCUUGUGUUAAAUGCACGCGUACAAAUUAUGGCGCUACCGACUGAACCACCGCCAUAUGGUAGUCGUUGUAUAGUUCUCGGUUGGGGAAGACUUUACAAUAAUGGACCGUAUGCGGCCAUGAUUUCGCAAGUUGACUUGUUACUCUAUAGCGAGGAGCAAUGUCAAAAGGCUCAUCCGCGUUACACACCGGGGGAUCUAUGCGCUGGCGAUAAGGAUAAGUACGAUCACGAUCCAUGCAGCGGCGAUUCCGGUGGUCCACUUAUUUGCAACGAUAAGCUGGUAGCGGUUGUCUCCUGGACUCUUGGCUGCGGUCAGCUGGAUGUGCCAAGUCUAUACACUGAUCUAUAUCAUAAUAGGGAAUGGAUAAAAGCAGCUAUGGAAGGGCAAUGCAGUUUAUCGGUACUAAUCGAAUUCAAAAUUUUAAUGAUAAUAUAUCUUGUAUUUUGCUAUUUGCUGUAAGAAAUUAUUGCAAAUAUAUCUUAAAUAAAAAAUAAUAUCAAUAUCAA